GGGAGGAAAAAAACUGUUUCAUCGCCAUAGCAAGCUUAAAGUUUUUUUUUUAACAAUUGUAUUUCAGCUUCUAAGACUCGUUCAGAUUUUCAAACAUUGUCAAACGAACUUCUUUAAUCUUUGUCAAUUUUUUAUAGUAUUUUAAUUUUAUUAAUAGUUUUAAAGGGUAGUGUGUAAAAUUGAAAGUUACACUUGUUUCUUAAUCAGAAACGGUACAUUUCACAGCAUUAAAAAAGCUUUGUCUUUGUCAAAUAUAUUUUCGAAACAUGUUUUGCUGUUAAAAUUCAAUAAUAUUUACAGAAAUCCCAGAAACUUUUUUAUCCAAAUUUAGGAAAGAAAUUUAAUUUAAAGACAAUAAAUAGAUAGUCUUUAUUUUAAGAAAAAAAAAAGAAAAGAAAUCUCGAAAUUCUUUCUGAAAAAUUAAAGAUACAUUCAAGAAAAACUAGGCUGGUAUUUGUGAACGAAUAUUCAUCUACGUAUAUCUAUUUAUUUUGACUAAAAGAAUAUGAGUGUGGAAGAUAAAAAGAAAGAGUACAAACGUGUGUCCGAGUUUUAUGAUGAAAAAUCUUUGUUUGUCACUGGAGUGAGUGGAUUUCUUGGAUCGGUUUUGUUGGGAAUUCUUCUCCAAAAUUUGCCUCAAAUCAAACGUAUCUUCAUUUUACUCAGACCAAAAAAGGGGGUAUUGCCAGCUGAAAGAAAGAAGAUAAUAUUGCAGAAAAAGCUGUUUCAUCGUCUUCUUGAGGAGAAUCCAAGUGCUGCAGAAAAAGUGAUUGCUGUUCAUGGUGAUAUCACCCAGCCUAAUUUAGGAAUGAGUGAUGAAGAUCUUACCAAAGUUACUGAAGAAGUUACGAUUGUCUUUCAUAUUGCAGCAGUUGUAAGUUUCACAAAACCUCUAAGGUAAAAAUACAGAAUUUUAAGUUUUUGUUUCCAAUUAAUAAAAUAUUUUUGUUUUAAAUACAAUAGACUAACAAUAAACCAUAUUAUUCGAUACAUUAUUUGUCUCAGAUGAAACUUGCAUUUAUAAAUUUGCGUACAAUUCCUGUUCAUUAUUGUUGAUAGAAAUACUAGAAAAUCCUUAAAUUUA